AUGAGCCAUCAAUCCCUCCACGACAUCCGACCUUCGGCCAUAGUCCUGGAAGAUCAUUCAGCAGAGCACUCCCAGCAAACACUCUCCUGCUGGGCACAGUCCGUAUCCAUUGAUGAUUAUGUGAUUGUUUCUGGACCCACGGGCAUUGGAGCAUAUGUUGUCUGGGCAUGCACCGUUCGCACACUAAAAGGUGGCGAACUGAGUCUUCGUAAAAGAUACUCCGAGUUUGAUCGCUUGCGAGUGGAGCUCUGUAGAGCUUUCCCGUAUGCUGAAGCCAUGAUACCCGAACUGCCACGGAAGAGCCACAUCAGUCGAUUCCGGCCCAAGUUUUUGCAGCAGCGGAGGGAUGGGUUGCAGCAGUUUUUAAACUGUAUUCUCCUCAAUCCGGAAUUCGCUUCGUCGCCUAUAUUAAAGGACUUCAUCUUCAGCUGA